AUGUCAUGCUUCUGUCAAAUUCUAGCCGGCGUACCAGCUGUGGGACGCCCUGGCGGCAAGAGGGCGCCUCGCCUAGAAGUGAAAGCUGGAAUCACGCUACCAAACACCGAUAUAUCAACCGCUACGGAUCCACGUUCUGCGAAUCUCCGGCAACGGGAAGAUGAAACAAACCUAGACGAUAGGAUCGUCCCAACCGGCAACAGUAUACACGCGAGUCACAUUCAACAGCAACGUCGCGCAUCGUCGGCUGAUCCGCUCACGUUAGCCAACAGUUCCGGACCAGGUGCGGGAAUGAUGCGCCCGAUAAGCUCAAGCCAAAGCGUCAUGACGGACGCACAGGGACUGAUCGUACCAAAGAAGCUGGUCAACCCGGUACUCGAGUCGAUCGAUCGGCAAAAUCUGCACCGCGAAAUGAUGUUCAAUCAGAAGAUCGGCAAGAGCGUGCUGAACCAGAAGUCGGAACUGCAGCGAGCGCUCGAGAAGCAAAAGGAGCGCCAAGUGCUGGCAGCCCAGAAUCUCGCCAAACAGACGGAGCAAACGAUUGCGACCGAGCUUGGGCGCGUUAUCAUGCAGCGGGCCCAACGGUUGGAGCAACAGAAAGGUGGGAGCGGGACGGGUCCGACCGAUCCGACCGGUGGUUCCAUCAAUCCGGAGUAUUUAAAUGCACGCGCCAAGCUGCGGGCCACAGUCGAUACGAAAUGAGGACGCAUCGGGCGCCUCCAUGAUGCUGUACUUCCUGGUUUCUUCCUACAAGAUUACAACCCGUCUUGGUUGUCGGUCCCGUUUAGUGUUUCUUUGCACCCGCACACGCGCGCGCGAGAGAGAGAGACCGGAUGGUGUGCCGAUGGUCGUGCCGGAUGUUGUAAUUGAAUCGUUUUUAAGCUUUACGUUAAGAACUUUUUUUAAAUAUUCAACGUUACUCUACGCACUUCUUCGUAAACCGUAUAGCAAUAACAGCAGCAGCAGCAACAGCAGUAGCAGCCAUAGAAAUUAGGUUCGAAGUUGGUGUUUGCAAGUAGUUUGUGUGCGAUACGAUUUCAGCAGAAUGGAACCGUUGGCUUUGGAAGGGUGGCGGACUGUUACCGUUACGGUCCCGUGCCCUGUAAAGCGUGCCAUUUUACUGAAACGAAGUGUGAAUGGGUAGAUCGAAUGUGUGUUUGUGUCAGUGUCAGUUUUUUUUUAACCCGCCAGUGAUAAGCGAAGCAUGUGUGCGUGAAAUGAGUGCAAAAAGGAUGCGAAUGCAAGCAACCAUAGGCUUUAAAUAGGAUUAGUAAAUAAUGCUCUGUUGGCUGCAAUAAUAGUGUGUUUUAAAACUUCCCCAAAACUGUCUGUACUGUUCCUCCCAUUGCCUUCCGUCGUAUCACUGUCUUCUGUGUGCGAAUUAGAAGCGAAGCACAUU